AUGUUACCCCAAGUCUAUGUUUUGUUUCCUGCACUGCUAGCCUCCUGGGCAGCAGCUUCCCCUGCUUUCCUCAAUCCACGCUACCCGCAGGUGAUCCCUCACCCGUCUCCCAUUGAGAAACGUGCCGAUGGAGACAUAGCUUUGCCAGCCAGUGAAUGUGGUUCUCCUUGUAUAGUCAGCUUUGAGCCAAUUACUACGAUAGUCACUAUAUCUAUUCCAGAUCAGACUGUCUGGGUAGCAAGUGUCAGCCAGUCUGUUACCUUUGACUUUCCCCCGGUCACCACGACCACAGUCUUCCAACCAAGUGCGCAAACAUUCUCCAAUAAUGAUCCGGUUGCCACCCCGACAAUUACACUCCAACCAUUGCAGGUAGGAUCUGUUAUGGUUUUCGGCAGUGAAGAUAUGGACAUUGACGAUGCCAUGGACAUUGAUGAUGGCAUGGCUGUCCAUCAUCAUGAGCAAAUCAUCCUACCGGUGGAAUACAUGCUCAUUGACGAUGAUCCAGUGGAGUAUCGGAAACUUCCCGAAUACAACCCGUAUGAUUUGGGAAACAAUUGUGCCAUCAUCACCAUGUCUUAUUUGAUGGGAAUGGGAUUACAUGAUUUUCUCACGCAUGUGGAAUUGAUGCAGCCCGGACCAACUCGAACUGGCAUUACCACCACCGAGAUGCAAGAAUUUCUCGAAUACACCGGUCGCAGGUUCAUACUUGGGCCAUAUGAUUCCCGUCGCAACAGUCUGAACUCAUUGUUGGCCGAGUUUGGUGUUGACAAGCUUGGAAUUUGCUACUGCCGCGAUGAUGCAUCGGGGCAUUGUGUUGUGUGGGAGAAAAACCGUUUCUGGGAUUUCCAAACCUCUGAUGCCCCAAUACCAUUUACCAAGGAGCCAGACCCCACCUUGACCCAGGACGAAAUAAGAGACGUGUUAUUUAUCGAAACCGACGGAGGUAUCCCCAUCACGAACUACCUAAUACCGCGUGAUGUGCCAAUACAAUAUGGGAAUGGGGUGACUGGAGUGAUCAGAGUGAUACCAUACUUCUUUGUCAUUUAUUAA